AUGCCUCUCACACAGCUACUUGUUGGUAAAGUUGCCGCCAUUACAGGUGGACUCACUGGCAUCGGACGGGCAAUCGCUCUCGAGUACCUCUUCCAAGGCGCAAAUGUCUCUAUAAGCCACCUGGGUGGUCCAGAAGAAGAAGACUUACUAGCAGCAAUGCGCGCAGACGUGAACGAAAUAACAGCCGACCUUACCCGCUUCAUUACGGUAGCAGGCGACAUUUCUCAGCCCGAAACUGGGAAAAAAUUCAUCGCAAAUACUGUAGAGGCAUUCGGGCGAUUGGACAUAUUCGUCAGUAAUGCUGGUGUGUGCCAAUUUGCUGAUUUCCUCGAAAUUGAGCCCUCUCUAUUCAAUCAUACCCUCUCAACCAACCUCUCCGGCGCAUUCUUCGCAACCCAAGCCGCGGCACGGCAAAUGGCCCUAAUCCAAUCCCCACCUGGCGGCUCAAUCAUCGGCAUAAGUUCUAUUUCAGCCUUAGUCGGUGGUGGCGAGCAGACUCAUUACACGCCAACCAAAGCCGGGGUUUUGAGUCUUAUGCAGUCGUGUGCGGUGGCAUUGGGCAAGUAUCACAUUCGCUGUAAUGCGCUGCUUCCCGGUACCAUUCGCACCCAGUUGAAUGAUGCUGAUAUGGCGGAUCCGGUUAAACGGGAGUAUAUGGAAGGUCGGAUUCCGCUUGGUAGACUUGGUCAGCCGCCGGAUUUGGCUGGGCCUGCUGUUUUUUUGGCUUGUGAGGAGUUGAGUGGCUAUGUGACGGGUGCUCAGCUUUUGGUUGAUGGUGGACUUUUUGUAAACCUUCAGUAG